UGUAAUAUUGAGGAAGUGACUGACAACUCAUCGAGCUCCGCAAAUUUGCACAAAUCGUGGCUUAGCCUAGUUUAUUAUUGGUCAACAUUACGGUAUUAAAUAUCGUUCAGUCAAAGCAGCUGUUUUCCUCGCGUAUUUCUAUUAAGAAGAGAAGCAUCUGCUCUGUGCUAGCUUCACUAGCUGACUGACGGAGUUGCUGUCACAGCACACUUAUCGAUCUGUUUCGGUAAUAAGGCAUUGAUUGACAGCUGUAGAUGAUGGGGGCUCAGAGAAGUGAGGGUCGCAGAGAGUGGCUUCAGCAGGACUUCAGUGAGCAGCACGUACAGACUGUGAAUCCCUGGAACAUGAUGAUCAAACACAGACAGGUACAUCGCAGAGGCCGACGCUCACAAAUGACUGUCAGUUACACAGAUCCAGUCAUUUCCAUGGACCUGUUGCGGACGGUUCUUCAGCCCAGCUUCAAUGAAGACAUCCUUGCUGUGUUUCGAAAAUAUAUGAAGUUUUUUGAAAAAGCCGCCAGUAACGUGAAAGAGAACGUUGGUGGAGACGUCCAGCCGGAUCAGCUUAUCAGAGACGUGUGCCGAAACUGCCUGGAACAUGCCAAACAACUUUUUCCUGAGACUGAGAAAACUGCUCCAAAACCUAGUUAUGACCCCACAGCAAAGCGUUCACGUCAGCCAGACGACAUGUCUGGACAGAGAGACAGUCCCAUUCCUAAAAAGAGGAAAGGUCGUCCCCCUGGUCCAGUGACAUCAUACGAUAGACCGGCCCAGUACAGCACGCCAGCUAAACCUAAAACAUCCGAACCGAUAAAGCGAGAAGGUCCCAAGUGGAACCCGUCCAGGUUGAAUGAGAGCAGCAAAUUUGUUCUUGGAUCCAGAGCUAAUAAAGCUUUGGGAAUGGGCGGCACAAGAGGACGAAUCUACAUCAAACACGCAGAGCUGGUCAAGUACGCUGCUGACGCCCAGGACAAACACUGGCUUUCUGAGAGACAACACAUGAGAGCAACAGGUGGAAAAAUGGCGUAUCUGCUUAUUGAAGAGGAUAUUCUGGAUCUGGCCCGAAGUGAAGACUACAAAGACUGUCCUGACUUGAAGCUGGAUGAACUGAAACCGUUUUCAGUGCCCAUAUGGAUGGUGGAGAAGAUGCAGAAGGCCAUGGAAGCGCAGAAAUCUGAAAGUGAUGCUGGUAUUUGAUGGAGACGUCCUGAGGGGAGUUAUCGGACCACAGACAUAGUGUUACCUGCUUAAGAUAACCCAAACAUUUGAUUGCUUGUAUGUUUUGAUGUGCCGAAUGCAACAGAUAGAAGCAGAUGUUACUAUAAAGCUGUCAGACACUGUCACAGGUUUACAUUCUUACAUUUCAAGCAUUGUUGUUCAGACCGUCUGGAUUGUUUUUUCUUGGCCAAUACUAUGUGCUCUUAUCAUAAAUAUACAUUUGAAAUGCUUAAAUAUCUGAUGACUCACAGAUGCUGGAAUUCAUGUGUGCUUUUAAUGUUAUUUCUGUUUUUUAUAAUACGAAACUCUGGAGCCGGAAGUACUUUUAUUUUGGAAAGUAGGAUUUGUAUUGUACAUGACUGCUUGAAAAGGGAAUUUAUUUACUUAUUUUAGUUUCAUUUUUAUUCUUUUUUCAAUAUAUUUGUGCUUUAAGUAGGCAACUUCUGUAUGAGCUACACAAAGGGCGCUAUUUUUACCUUAUAGUAUCUUUUGUGAUGUUAAAUGUUUUAAAAAAAGACUUUUUAUGAAACGAAAUAAGUUUUUUACAUAGAAUGAUUUUUACAGCUUGUCAGAGAGGAGCGAAAGGUGUUUUAAAGGAUUUUCAUCGCACGUACUGUCUAUUAUAUCACUGAAAAUGUAGAAUUGUUUAUCAAUGGUUGUAUAUGUAUUAACCAUUAAACCAUUUUAUAUUGUUUUAAAUGUUC